CCACUUGUAAUUUUCUUCAUUGCCUUCGCCAUUGUUCGUCCUUCAUCAAUUAUCAAAUCUCUUCAAAUGCAACUCUUUGCAUCAGCGGAAUCGAAUAGAAUCGACGUUUCUAAUCGACCUCUAAAUGAAUGCGUUAACUGCAAAGUAAAGCAUUAUUAGUUUAUAUUAAUAAGUUCCAUUUCUUUUAAAGUGAUUUGCAAUUUAAAAGCCGAAUAAUUUUCAAACUGUGUAAAUUUUUCAUUACCCACCGAAUUUUGUCUGAAUAUUCGCAUUUCACUAGUCGUACUUAGUUUUAGAACAUUAAUUCACGAUUUCCCCUUAGCUCAUGAUACAAAACCUUGCUUGGCUCUUUUCUUCCUGGAACUGAUGGAAAACUUAACAAGAGAAAACGUAGAUUACAUUUAAAGUUAACCUCUAACAAUGCGUGUAUAUUUUAAUACACAAUAAUUAUUCACUUGUUCACUAAAGUUCAUUAUUGUUUGAGGGUUGGCUUUUCUUUUUCCUUUGUUCCAAAGUAGAAUUGCGAGCAAUUUGAAAUCACACAGCAUAAAAAAUGCAGAAUAAUACGUAGCCGUGGCUUUCGUAUAACUGUGAGCUUUAAAACAUCACAAUGGGAACAAAAAAGACUGUGUUGGCUGGAAAUGCAGAAACCAGAAUCAGAAACUACUUUAAAUCCAAUUCGUUCUAAUCUUCCUCAAUUGCGGUCUUUCGACUGAAUUAAAAUUUGACAAGAAAGUAACGGAUCGUCUUCUCACAUUUCCGUGUAUUUUCACUGCAAUCUCUUCUCUAUAAGAUCUAAAGUUGUCACCCAUAGCACGCGCACAUAUUUCAUUCAAUGGCACCAGAACCUCGGGCUAAUAUUGCUAACUCCAAUCUAAGCGUUCCAAACCACCAACCUCACCAGUUUCUCGUACCCAUCAAGCACAAAUAUCGCAAGAAUAAUCUGCUGCGUUGAUUGCAUUUAACACUUCUUAUGUUACGGAUUUAAAAUAAUAACAGUAAUACGAAAACUGGCGAUGAUGAGACCUGGUGUGAGAAUUUAUCGCACGACGUAAGAUUGAUUAGGAAACAAAAUAGUUCCUUUAAAAAAUGUCCGUUAAAGUUAACCAGGUUUUGUAUUGUGAGGAAUAGUUGCACAGUAUGUAUUUAUCUGUGGUACUGUUUAUUGUUCAAUCUCCCUUUUACUUCUAUAUGUAUUUAAUACGGGGGGAGGAGGAUGAUGCUAAUUGUUUAACCCCCAUUGCGGAUUGAUUUACGUUUUAUUGUCGCUUUGUCGGCCUCAUGAAAACUUUAGCCAAUCGUUUCGCAGAUAGCCCACAACAUAUUAGCUAACUCUACUUUGUUAGUGGAGAAGUUGAGAGAACAAUUUCUAGUCUUACAUAUAAUUUCUCAAUGAAUCGAAGUGUAUGAUGUUUGACAAUGUCGAUCUCUGGUGCUAUUGGCAACUACUUUGUCGAUUCACUUAUAAGUCAUGAAAGCGAGGGAUCGCCUGCAACAAAGUUUGCUUCGGGGCAAUACUUAGUCUCCAGACAGCCGCGAGUCCCCGAGCACCCCGAAUUUCCUGCUUGUAAUUUUCAGGCGAAAUCUCCGGUGUUCGGCGCGUCUUGGGCCCCCGUGUACGGCCAGCCUUCUGCCAAUGUUUCCACUUUGCACCAUCCUUAUGUCCAGUCGCACCCCAUUCAGGCUGAUAGCAGGUACAUGCGGUCCUGGUUGGACCCGACCCCCAGGGCUGUGUCCGGACCCGGAAUGCCUUCCAGCGGUCACGAUUCAUUGAAAGCAGAAGUACCCGCAACACACGGCGGCGAAACCCUACCAGCUGCGCUUCAAAAAUUACAUGGCGAAUAUUUGGAGAGCGAAACCAUUUGCUCCGGGAAAGCGCCGUGCUACGAAGACAGUAUAUGUGAAGAGAAGGGAGACAAAGAGACAUCAGAACAAAACAAUCCUGCUGCAAAUUGGUUACAUGCCCGCUCAACAAGGAAGAAAAGAUGUCCUUACAGCAAAUAUCAGACCCUGGAGUUGGAAAAGGAAUUUCUGUUCAACAUGUACCUCACCAGGGACCGGAGGCACGAAGUAGCGCGUCUUCUUAACCUGACUGAAAGACAAGUCAAAAUCUGGUUUCAAAACAGGAGAAUGAAGAUGAAAAGACUCAGUAAGGAGCAUGUAAAAGAGUUCGAGUGACUAGCUGUUGAAAUUUAACUUUAGCGCGUAGCCGGUUUUUGCUGUCUCUGCAACUUAUCCUUAAAGCACCGUAGUUCUGAGAAAACCAACAUGCUUCCACAGCAAAGAAUGGUCAGAAAGUAAGGUUUAAACAUCCAGCAAUUCGGCUAUUUAUUUCGAACAUUUUAGUGCAUUCAUUCAGGGAAUACUGUCACGUGUAAAGAAUUUUAUUGCAGGAUAUUAAGAAAUACAACUUCCUCUCAUUCUCAUCCACUCUAACAGCCAGAGAGAGCAGAGUGCUUUUAUUCUUGUCACCUUUUCUCUCUUUAUGGCUUAAAAAGGAACUUCGUGUUAUUUAUAAAUUGCUACAAUUUCUGUCAAUGCUUUGGUGUUGGCCUUUCGCGCGGGACUGGGAUGGACCGCGCUCCAAAGCAACGCUUUACAUAAAAUGAUCCUUUUAAAGCUGCGGUUAAAUUUUUUGUACUUUGCUGGCGGCAAUGACUUAACAUGACUUGUUUGCAACAGUUUACAUGCAAAAAUCGAAUGUUUAUAAUCCAUUUUGAAGACAUCACAUCGCGGUUGAAUUAAGUGCUGUUUCCACAACUCCUGUAUUUCUUUGAUUUAAGCAUUUGCUUGUUUCAAUGGAAUUGUGACUACUGUUUAAAUCAAGCGAUAAUCUAGUUUUCCAUCUCGAUUUCUGUAUCCCUUAGUCUGUGUGUUUGAGUGAGUGUCGAUCUGGCGUUUUGUUUCAAUGUCUGAUGCUCCGAGGGUUUAAAUUAGUAGAUUUCACCUUUGCUGAGUGUUUGUCCGACUAUGGGUAACUACUACCACGUGGCUCGUUUUUGAAAAUGUUCAAAUAUUGCAGUAAGCACGUCCAACUGUCGAAGUGAAAACUUAAAUGAUCUGCCGCAUAGAACUUGGCGACAUUUUAGAAAUAAAACACUGUGUAGGAAUAAUUUGACGAAUUAUAAUUACAAACUAGAUUGCACAAAAGGAAGUUAACAACAGGGAUCAGCUCAAAAGAAUAAAUGUUAGGAAUAAUAACACUCCUGGUGACAACAUAUUAAAUAUUUCUUAGGAUCUCUGUCCAAUGUGGCACUGGUGUUUAUAUUCGUGGAUUUUGUAGAUUUGUUCCGAUUUUACAUUUAAGGUAAAUGAACUAACCAUCUUACAUAAGAAAAGUCCAAAUUCCUGCAGACCCUCAGUUUUAGUUAUUUCAUUCUGGAGAUCUCCGACGUCAGCAGCGCACGGUUGCACUAUUCUAAUGUGAUUUAUUAACGUUAAUUGUAAAUUAAACCCACUGAAUGGAAUCAAAUAUUUUGAACGGACCCUUCCUUGUACACCUAACAUGAUCAUUAGAUGUAAAUAUACGAAUGUAUUAAAAAAGAGCUGCAAAAUAAAAUGCUGCUGAAAGUU